AAUUCAAACGGAAAAUAAAACGAUCGACGCGAGUUUAGCGCCUUGCGGAUUUAAUUGGUUUUCUAGCGUAUGGAAGAAUCAUUAAAAAGUGUAUAUUUCGCGAAAAUUGCUAAAAAUAAAGUUUUGAAAAUUCAAACCAACAGAAAAGUACAAUAAGUCGACAAACAAACACAAAUUGACAAUUUUAUUUUUACGUAAAGAGUUAAUACUUGACGUUUAGAACUACGUCCCAAACAUUUUCAAACAGGAUCUACAGGUUGCCGAACAUCUGCACCAGGUGCAAAAAACGUGAAGGAACUGCUGUCAAUUGUUGAAAUCUAGAAAAUUCGCAUAAGUCAAUCAACAUGAGUAAGGACAUCUACUAUUCAGAUAAAUAUUACGACGAAAAGUUCGAAUAUAGACAUGUUGUGCUACCAAAGGAGCUUUCAAAAUUGGUGCCCAAAACACAUCUAAUGUCGGAGAAUGAAUGGAGGUCUAUUGGUGUGCAACAGUCACGAGGUUGGAUACAUUAUAUGAUACACAAACCAGAACCACAUAUUUUACUAUUUCGCCGACCAAUACAACAGUAGGCAUGCAUUAUCAUAAAAACUUAUAACAAAUCAACAGGACCAGUAACCCACCACAUUUUGCUAUUGUUAAGAUCUCGGGCGUGCUGCACUGCCGUAAUUUAUUAAAAACUAAUCUAAAACAGUAAAUACUCGUAAUAAUUGCGUUCACUGUGCCAGAAAAACUAUGUGCGUUAGAAUAGUUGAAUUAAACAGUAUCUCGCCUUUGUGUAAUCUUAUUGAAAUCCUCAUUGUUGUACAAAAUGGCAAUUAAAUUGUAAAUAUGAAAAAGAAAGGCAUGUGCCGGCCUGCCUGAUAUACAUACAUGUUCAAUAGCAUAGGUAUUUGUAAACCUGAUUAUGAUUGCCAUAUGUUGUAUUUUGAAUGCCAUCAAGGUCUGCAAAUAUUUUGAAUUUAUGAACAAACAAAACUUAUAUACUCGUAUUACUACUAUUAAGUUCAUAUACGGAUUAUGUUCAGUAGAGCCUAAACCAAUUUUUCGCUUUUAAUUUAGCAACUCAUUUCGCCACUCAUUCAUCCAAUGUAUGUAUGUAUUUAAUUAAAAUAUUCCUUUUUUUCAUAAUUUAGUGGAUAGGCUCUCUCAGCAUGUUUACGAUUCGAAAACCUUAUUGGCUAGUGUCUUUUAGUUGUAAGACUUUAUGUAUGCUGAAAUAUUAAGUUUAUAAUUUUUACAAACGAAUGCAUGCCUCUUUUAUUGAUAUAAAACAAAUAAGAAAUACACUAUAAAAUAAUUUUUGUGAUUUCAAUAAUACAAUAAAUAGAAUCGGCGUUUUCUUAAAUAUAAAGAA